AAAAGCGCCAUAAGACAUGGCUCACACAUGUAUCCACUGGUUCCGCAAGGGACUCAGGUUGCAUGACAACCCAGCAUUAAUGGCUGCUCUGAGGGACUGUAAGGAGAUCUACCCUGUGUUCAUCCUGGACCCAAAUCUCCAUAACAACACAUGUGUGGGCAUCAAUCGCUGGAGGUUCCUUAUAGGGGCACUCAAAGACCUGGACUGUAGCCUCAAGAAACUAAACUCAAGGCUAUUCGUCCUGAGAGGCAAGCCAGAGGAUGUGUUCCCCAAGCUGUUCAAUGAGUGGAAAGUCACAAAGUUGACCUAUGAAUAUGACUCUGAGCCCUACAGUCUGAGCCGUGACAAAAGGGUGACCACAUUGGCCAAAGAACAUGGUGUUGAAAUCAUCUAUAAAAUCUCCCACACUCUUUAUGACAUAGAGAGGAUAAUUGAGGAAAACAAUGGGAAGGCUCCCCUUACAUAUAACCGCAUGCAGGCACUAGUGAAGACUCUUGGCCCCCCUAAGAGACCAGUCUCUGCUCCAACCAUGGAACACAUAAAAGAUGUGAAGACUCCUUAUUCUGAAAACCAUGAAAAGAAAUACGGGAUCCCUACACUGGAUGAGCUUGGCCAGGACACUUCUGUGAUUGGAGAGGAGAUGUUCCCAGGUGGAGAACAGGAGGCCUUGAGGAGACUAGAUGAACAUACGACAAGAACGGGAUGGAUUUGUAGCUUUGAAAAACCUCAGACCUCUCCAAACUCUCUGAGCCCUAGUACCACUGUUCUCAGCCCAUAUGUCACCUUUGGCUGCCUGUCUGCGCGCACCUUCUGGUGGAAGCUGACGGAGGUCUAUCAGGGGAGGAAGCACUCGGAUCCUCCGGUUUCCCUGCAUGGCCAAUUACUGUGGAGAGAGUUCUUCUACACAGCUAGUUUGGGUAUCCCCAACUUUAACAAGAUGGAGGGCAACCCUGUAUGCACUCAGGUGGACUGGGACACUAACCCCGAAUAUCUGGCUGCAUGGAGAGAGGCUCGGACCGGUUUCCCAUUCAUUGAUGCAAUCAUGACUCAGCUGAGACAGGAGGGUUGGAUCCACCACCUAGCGAGACAUGCUGUUGCUUGUUUUCUUACGAGGGGAGACCUAUGGAUCAACUGGGAAGAGGGACAGAAGGUGUUUGAGGAGCUUUUACUGGAUGGCGACUGGGCUCUGAAUGCUGGGAACUGGCAGUGGCUCUCUGCGAGUACCUUUUUCCACCAGUACUUCAGAGUCUACUCCCCUGUUGCUUUUGGCAAGAAGACAGACAAAAAUGGAGACUACAUCAAGAAGUACCUUCCUCUUCUAAAGAAGUUCCCAGCUCAGUACAUCUAUGAGCCUUGGAAAGCUCCACGCAGCAUCCAGCAGGCAGCUGGGUGUAUCGUGGGUAAAGACUAUCCACGUCCUAUUGUGGAACAUGAAGUGAUCAGUAAAAAGAACAUCCAGAGGAUGAAGUUAGCUUAUGCCAAGAGACCCAAAAGCACUGCUGAGUCACCCAGCAAAAAGCAAGGUGUAAAGCGCAAACCACCAUCUGUUGUCGACAUGCUAAAGAAGAAAAGUAAAGUCAAAUAAUAUUACGCAAACAGUAAAGUUACUGUCCAAUCAAUGACUGUUCAUCACAAAUAACUGUUUAUACUGGCUUUGUCUUUCUACUACCUUAUACCUGCCUCAUGUACAGUAUGCAAGCAAGUAGACCAUAACUAUAUUUUAAUUUUUUUUUUUUUACAGCAACCUUUAUUUGUUACUGUUUUUAAGUACUGUUUUAAUGUUUCCUUUUUUAAAUAUCUAUUUUGGUGUUUAUGAGAAUUGCUGCUUGUUAGAUUAGAACUAAACUUAAAGAAUGCAUGUGUGUGUUUGUUACAUGGGAAUUUGAUCAAGAUUUGUUGUCUUAUUUUGUUUGAAUGCUGCAGUUUAUAUGUAACUGAAGUGAUAAUUUGCCUUACUGUUACAAUCUGGAGCUUUAUGUUGUAUGACUGCUCAGAUGUUUGUACCCACUUCAAAUAAGAUAUGUACAAAUAAUA